GUGGUUACUUUUACGUCAAUCGAGGUUCAAGGUAUCGAAGGAGAAAUACCUAAUUAAAUUUAGGAGAAAAAAGUAAAUAAAUAAAAUGUAGUAAAUCAUCAAACCAAAAUAAUUUGGGAAACAGAUUUUAUUAAUUCUCUCUAAAUUUUAAAUUAUGUAUUAGAUUCCGAUAUACAUUAAUGUUUCUGUAACAAUAUUACGUAUUGUGUAUAAAAAUGGUAUACGAAUCUCUGCCCCGAACGGUUCGGAUCCUUUUACUAGGAGAACCAAGUGUAGGAAAAACUUCACUUAUUCUUUCUUUAGUGACAGAAGAAUUCACUGACCAUGUUCCACCGAAAGCGGAAGAGAUUACAAUACCUGCGGAUGUUACACCUGAGCAAGUACCAACUAAUAUUGUAGAUGUUUGUGUUGCAGAACAAUCCUUGGAACAAAUAGGGGAAGAAAUAGAAAAGGCACAUGUAAUUUGCAUCAUUUUUUCAGUUGAUCGUCAAGAGACACUGAGCAAAAUAGCAUCAUACUGGUUGCCAUUUGUAAGAGAUAAUUGUCCAAAUGAUUACAGAAAACCUGUUAUUCUUGUUGGAAAUAAAAUAGACUUAAUUGAUUAUUCUGUAAUUGAUAAUAUUUGGGACAUAGCAGAAGAAUAUCCAGAAGUGGAUAGGUGUAUAGAAUGCUCUGCAAAAACUCUCACUAAUGUAUCAGAAAUGUUUUAUAAUGCACAAAAAGCUGUGUUACAUCCUAUAUGUCCAAUAUAUUCUAUUGAAGAACAAGAGUUGACAGAGAAAUGCAAGAAAGCUCUUACAAGAAUAUUCAAAAUUUGUGAUUUGGAUGGAGAUGGACUUUUGGAUGAUUAUGAAGUAACAAUAUUUCAGCGAAAAUGUUUCGAUACACCUUUGCAAUUACAGGUUUUAGAUGAAGUGAAAUCAGUAAUUGCCCAGAACAUUGCUGGUGGAAUUGAAAAUGAUUGUAUAACAGUAAAAGGUUUUAUUUUUCUGCACUGUUUAUUUAUACAAAGAGGAAGAAAUGAAACAACAUGGACAGUGCUUCGUAAAUUUGGAUAUGAUGAAAGUUUAGAGCUAACUCACACUUAUUUAUAUGCCAAUAUAAAAGUACCUGUAGGAUGUACCUCUGAAUUAUCAUACAAGGGACAACAAUUUUUGACACAGCUUUUUGAAAAAUACGACAGAGAUAAAGAUGGGAUGUUAAAUCCAACAGAAUUGAAAAAUGUGUUCUCAUAUUGCCCACGGAUUCCUUGGCACAAUUUACGAUACACAGUUCCAACAAAUGAAAAGGGCUAUUUAACAUUGCAAGGCUGGAUGUGUCGAUGGACCUUAAUGACGUUAAUGGAUUUGCAAAAUACUAGUGCCUAUUUAGCCUAUUUGGGUUUUAAUUUUCUCGAAAAUGAAACACAAAAAGCUGCGAUUCAUAUAACACGAGAGAAAAAAGUGGAUAUUGCCAAAAAACAAUCAAGUCGUAACGUAUACCAGUGUCACGUCAUCGGCCCACGAUCGUGUGGCAAGACAUCUAUUUGUAGAAGUUUUCUCGGUAUAGCUCAUAAGAAAAUAAAGCCCCAUGCUCACGAACGUGGCGACAGCAACCUAACAGAAAACUGCUGUAUAAACACAGUGUUAGUGUACGGGCAGGAGAAAUAUCUGGUAUUAAAGGAGAUUCCGAUCACUCGAGUAUCGGACCCGUUGCAGCCCCAUGAGGUGAACUGUGAUGUUGCUUGUCUCGUGUAUGAUGUUGCCGCAACGCGUUCCUUCGAGUAUAUUGCUAGGAUAUACAUUAAAUAUUUCGCAGAGAGUCACAUUCCUGUGCUAAUAGUGGGCACGAAAGGCGAUGCGUUAAUCGCUCGCCAGGAGUACAUGUUGCAGCCAGAAGUUUUCUGCAAUAAGUAUCAAUUACUCGCGCCUCAAUUUUUCAACAUUAAAGAAAAUAAACACGAUGUGUUUAUCAAACUAGCGACCAUGGCCGCAUUUCCUCAAUUUCAAGCUGCUUGGAUUUUAUUCAGCAAGCACAGACACUUGAAGCACUUCGCGAGUAUGACUGGCGAGAACUCUUCAUGGUGGAAGGCGGGCAUUGGUGUCGCUGCAGCCACGGUGAUGGGUUUCCUCAUCAUCAAAAUUUUCAGCUUCCAGAGACGUUAAACUCUCAUUACCGCUACUGUAUAUAAACUGGUUGUAUUAAAAUAGUAUUAAUUCUCAAUAAUUUAAAGGGAAUAGUUACAAGGGAAGUAGUGAAGAAAAAUAGUAAUAUAGACCAAAGAGAUAUGAUGAAAUGGAUAGUUACAUGAUUUGUUUUAGUUUUAAAUAAAGUACAUUAAUUUUA